AUGUAAAAUAGUAUACCAAGUGCUUAGAGAGGAUUCUAAAGCAUCAAUCCUACUACAAAUCAACUUGUGGAAACUUUCUAAUUUGAUACCAGAGAAGAAAUUUCAAACAAAAUUUAAAAAAGUUUUGAAGCUUUCAAGACAUUUAAGGAAAUAUCAAUAUAAGAAAGAACUGCAAAGUUUCUAAAACUAGUAAAAAUUUUAGAAGAUCAUACUGAAGUCAUGGCUAGGUCAAUCACUGAAGAAAUGGGUAAACCAAUUACUCUAUCUAGAGCGGAAGUCUAAAAAGUGAUAUUCCAUAUAAAAUAUUAUUGCUAAAAUGCUGAGCAUUUCAAUAGAAAAAUUCCUGUUAAGACUGAGGCUGACAAUUGCUAUACAGUUUAUGAACCUUUAGGGGUAAUUUACACAAUUACUCCCUUUAAUUUUCCUUUUUGGAUUACUUUUAAAGGCACUGCAUCUUAUAUGACUAUCGGUAAUGCUGUUAUUGUUAGAGGUUCUGAUUCUACUCCUCGUACAACAAGAUUGGUAAAGAAAUAUAUGGAGAUGGCAGGAUUUGGAGAUGAAUUCUAGAUUGUAAACAGUAAACAAGAAGAUUUUGAAUUUAUUGUGUCAAACCCAAAAAUCAGAGGUGUAUCAUUCACUGGUAGUUCCACAGCUGGUUAAAUUAUUGCUAGUAUCAGUGGAAAAUAUUUAAAAAAAUGCGUAAUGGAAUUAGGAGGAAGCGAUCCUUUCAUAGUUUUAGAAGAUUCUGAUGUUAAUUUUGCUGUCGAUAUUGCAAUCAAUGGAAGGCUUAAAAAUGGUGGCUAGGUUUGCAAUAGCUCAAAGAGAUUAUUAAUUCACAAUAAACUUUAUGAACAAUUUAAGGAUAAGUUGAUAGAACGAUUAAAAAGUGUUAUAAUAGGAGAUCCUUUGAGUGAAUAAACAGAGCUAGGCCC